AUGUCUGCAGAAUCCGUGCAAACAGCGACUAAUUCGAAGGUUCCGUCGAUUAGAGAUUCUUCUGUGCCACUUAUUGCGUCCUACACGUAUCACUCUCCGAUCCCGACAGCUAUCGGUCCGUAUAUAUUAGGAGUCGAUGAAGCGGGCAGGGGUCCCGUCUUGGGCCCUUUAGUGUACGGUGUCGCUUAUUGCCCCACGGCCUAUCAAGAAGAUCUUGACAGUCUCGGUUUUGCAGACUCGAAGACUUUGACGGCAGGGACUCGCUCGUCCCUCCUUCAGACGCUGUGCUCGGAUCCUGCUAAUCUUGGCUGGUCCGUCCGAGUGCUAUGUCCACAGGCCAUCUCAAGUGGAAUGCUUCGUCGGCCACCGACCAACCUCAAUCGUCAAUCAGAACAAGCCACUGUCCUCCUCAUUCGCGAAGUACUUCAGCAUGGAAUCAAACUUUCCGAUGUUUAUGUAGACGCUCUGGGUCCGACGAAGACUUAUGAAGCUUACCUCUCAUCACAGUUUCCCGGCAUCAAUUUCACUGUCACAGCUAAAGCCGACUCCAAGUUCAAGAUUGUGGGUGCUGCCAGCGUCGCGGCGAAGGUGACUCGCGACGCUUGGGUUGAGGAUUGGACUUUCGAAGAGAGUUCAUCCCCACAUGACGCUGAGUCUAAUUCAAAACCGACAAAUACUCGAUGGGGUAAAGAGCUGGGCAGCGGAUAUCCGUCUGAUCCUAAGACUCAGGCUUGGAUCAAAGGAUCACUGGAUCCCACGUUCGGUUUUCCCUCUCUUGUGCGCUUUUCAUGGACUACUAUCAAACUCGUUUUAGAGAAGAAUGGUCAUGUUGUCCAAUGGACAGAUGAUGGUCAAGCAUCCCUUAUUCAAGCAUUUGAAAGUGCAACGGGUCUCGACAAGGGUCGGUGUAAAAUUACUAAGGACCUCUGUAUUAGUAGUGUUGCAACAUUAUGA